AGUUUGCAUUCAUUUCGAGGUUAUAUCUGGAAAAUUGAACAAAAUGGGAAAUCGAAGGGGAAUAAAGAAGGCUCCAUUCACCGCUGGACAGUUCGUGUUCGGAAAACAUUUUAAGCGAUACGGAAAAGUGCACGAUCGGAACUCCAAUGUCUGCCGAUCGUUCCAAGAAGCUAUGUCGGAAAUACAGAAGGCUGUGUCGCAGCCCAGCUCGGAUGUUGGCUACUUAAAUAUGGUGGCUCACCUAGAGGAAGACUGUGGACAGUCGGACUCCGACUCGGACUCGGACGCGGGUACUUUGGAUUUGAGAGGCGCCGAACUUAAGGAGAAAUGUGUACCCUUUCGUCACAUAGUCGCCGACAGCGACACGGACACAGAAACGUCUUCAGAACCAAAAAAAACUCUAAAUUCACAAUAAUAUUAUGCUAAAAUUCGUAUUUUUUCGGUGUGAAGUAAUUUUAACCUCAAAUUUGUUCAACGAAUAUGUAUGGUUAUCAAAUAAG